AUGGCCAUGGAGCACAUGGACGGGGAGAUCGCCGCGCCGGCGCCGCCCAGGCUUCCGCCCGGCGAGGACCGGCUCAGCGCGCUUCCCGACGACGUUCUUAUCCAAAUCCUUAUCAAGCUCCGCGACGCCGCCGCCGCCGCUAAGACCAGCGUCCUCUCACACCACUGGCGCCGCCUCUGGGAGCUACUCCCGGAGCUCUGCUUCCACCCCGCCACUGGUCCUCAAGGCAUCCGCGCCGCCCUCGAGUCCCAUGAAGCGCUCAUCACCCGCCGCCUCGCCGUCGAGGUCAUCGACGCCACCCCCGAGUCCCUGACGGCCUUGCUUCUCGUCGCCGCGCCCCGCCUCUCGGGCGAUCUACAACUCAUCAACGAGGUGGGGCAGAAGCAGACGGAAGACGAGGCCGUGGAAGCGGAAAAUGGCGCCCUCGAGCUUCCCUGCUUCGAGAACGCCACCGCGAUCCGCCUCGACCUAGGGUAUCUGGCCCUCGCCAUGCCACCUCUCGGCGUAUUCGCCGGGCUCACCGAUCUCUUCCUGGCUGGCGUCGAUCUGCGUGGUCCGUGCAUGCUCGGUGAUGCUGCCUCGUCGCUACGCUGCCCGGCCUUACGAAAACUCACCGCAGACGGCGCCCUUGGUCUGGGCAAAUUCACCAUUCACUCCGCGUCUCUCUUGCAAAUUGAGCUGAGGAAUCUGCAGGGCAUCCAAGAGCUCACUGUUUUUGCGCCAGCCCUCCAAAUGUUAAGUGUGAUCCACUGCUUUGCUAAUGGCGUGACUCAGCCGGUUGCAAACAUCUGCGCCCCUCAGCUGAAGUUCCUCACAUGGAACGAUGCCUAUGAUGCAAGCUCCACCCAGUUUUGCAACAUGGAAAAUCUCAAGCGUGUGACAACAUACCCUUUUUCUGUAUAUGGAAAAGAUGCCCAUAGAUCACGAAAUAGCUUUUGUUUGAGGCUAAUACGGCGCUUCGAGCUCAUCCGAUGUCUCAGAUUCAUGCUCUUCUAUGUGACGGAUAUUACGAACGAGCAGUACUUGAUGGAAGACAUUAUAAGGCUCCCGGACAUUACACACUUGGCCCUGGAUAUAUGUCCAAAUGGACAUUCCUUUGGAGCCAGUGUGUUUCAUGUCCUCGGGAUGUGUACUGGUGUAAAAAUGCUGCUAUUUACACUUCCGAACACACCAGGCCAGACCAAGGCACAAACUGCAUGCCCGUCAGGUUGUGCUUGCGACCAGCCACCAAACUGGAAGACCCAAAAACUCGCGCUGAACUGCCUCCAAGAAGUACAAAUCUGGGAACUGAGAGGAACUGAACAUGAAGCUGCUCUUAUGAAACGGUUAUUUGAUUGGGCAACAGUGUUAGAAAAGGUGACAAUAGCUUUCCAUGGGUCAGUCCCUGAAAGCAAAGCCAAGGAGUUCUUCCAGAUGCUUCAAAGCUUUUCCAGGCUGGAAAUACGUGUGAAGCAAGUCGUGGCACCGUUAGCUGAGAACCAAGCGUUCCUGAAAGGUAACGCGUACCGCGGCUUCUCCAAGAACACUUAACCUGCCCCAGAAGACUUAAGUCACCAGCUUGUCAUUUACCCUUGCGGUCGUUUUGUGUUUCUCUUAUAUCAGUAUCAGACUAUCAGUUGCACCCUUUGUGCACAUCAGAGUCUGGUAGAUCAGGCUUUAUCAAUUGCACUGUUUGCCAGGCUACCUUAUACAUGUUUGAUGGCUUAUUUACUGUACUUUGUACACGUGGAUGUCUAAAUUGAGGAGAUGACAGUUCAUC